AUGAGUCCAUCCCACCUCUUUGCUCUGAAUAGACCAGUCUCAACCAAGACCAUCACUAUAAGAAAGCCUAGGACAGCCAGUACCCAGAAAGGGACCUGGAGAGAGAACGGGGUUUCCCAAAAAAGAACGAAAGGACCGAUUCGAAAAAACAAAGGCAGCAAAACGCAACAGGGCAAGAUUUCAGCCAUGUGCAACUGGAACACUUACACAUUCGACUGUGGCUGCAUGCAGGUCGAUCUGCGAUCGCGAUGCCAGCGCAAGCUCGCCGACGACGAGCUGGACCCGUGUUUCUGGAUGCAGCGCGUCAGCGAGAAGUGGAGAUUCCACCAGCAGCGGAUGUGCGACACCUGCAACUACCGGCUGCUGAACGGCGAGUACGUGCCGAUGAGGAAGCAGGCCAGAUGGAGCGAGAUAGGGGCCAGGGCGCAUGAGAUAGCGCGGCUGAUGGCGAGGGCUAGACAGCUAGGCUGA